AUGAGUCCCCGAAUCACACGCAGAAACCCAGUGCAUACCCCAGAACGCCCUCGGCAAAAGACGUUCAAGUGUAAUGUCUGUGAGCGGAACUUCAAUCGGCGCGAGCAUCUACAGCGACAUUUGACCAUUCACUAUGGUCAAAAGCCAUUCACUUGCUCCCAGUGUAGCUAUGCCUGUCGUCGCAAGGAUUUGUUGAAUCGUCAUGUUAAAUUGUCCCAUGGGAAUCACUCGCCGAGUAGUCAAGAAAUUCCCAGCCAGAGUAGCGAGUAUAGCAGUUUUCAAGACAGCCAGCUUCAUCCUUCAAUACCCCAAACUGAUGAAGGUGCUGACCCCGUCGGCAAUAAUGUCCAACUAUCUCCCCCCUCGUCUGUCCGUCAAACUGGUAACUUGGAUGGCUUAGGAGCAUUCAUGAAUGUAGAGGACCAGGUCGCUGCGCCUGUUUUUCCAGACCCAGACACUGUUCAUCAACCAUUCCCCAUCAACUACUUGGAUAACGUUGCAUUACCGUUUCUCGUGGAACAGCCGGCUCUCUUCCCAGAGCUAUCCAUGCACGACCUCUUCUCUCAAUCCCCCCUCGAUAAUACUGUUAAUCUUCAAGCAGGCCUGGAAAGCGCCCCUCUCCAGGACCACGGCACCCCAACUCCGCUUGCCACGCCACCAGACGUUGGACGGCACCACGUACAUCUCGCGCCAUUCCUGCGAGUCUCCCAAGAUGACUGGCUUUGGCUGUCCAGGGAGGUUUCCCUUUUCUCGUCUGUUUUGCCCAAUGGCUACGAGAUUCCGUCCCGGCAUGCAAUAUCCCGCUACCUGCACGGCUUCAUGAAUGGCUUCCAUCCUCAUUUUCCUAUUAUCCAUCCCCAGACGUUGUCCUUGCGGGAGAUGGCGCCUGAGCUUAUUUUAUCCCUCGCUGCGGUGGGAAGUCAGUAUUGCCUUGAAUCACAUCAGGGCCUUAAACUGUUCCCCCUCGCUCGGUCAAUUGCUGCAGAGAAAAUUCGGCGCCGUGAUCUAGUUGAGUUGGAUGGUACUGUUGAUACAUAUACCAAUUCUCCUCGCCGUCAGACCAAGGCUCAAUCAACUUCAUCUCACCUGGAGAACAGACCAGAACAGCGGACGAAUAUCAAGGAGCCGGCGAUUCCUGGCCGUGAAAGUAGUGAGCUAGUCCAGACCAUGCAAGCGUUAUUCUACCUCAUGGCCAUGGCCACAUGGGGCGGCGAACAUCGAUCCCUUGUUAGACAAGCCAUUGCCACUCAAAGCACGCUCGCGGUUCUAGUUCGACAGCAUGGGUUAGCUGAUGAUCCUACGGACUCAAACUCUAUGAGUUGGUCCCAGUGGGCACGCGCAGAAAGCGCGCGGCGUACGAAGCUGAUCAUAUAUUGUUUCUUCAACCUUCACACCAUAGUAUUCAACGUCCCGUCUCCAUUGACGAUCUCUGAUAUUCAUCUGCGUCUUCCGUGUACGGAAUCAGAGUGGAAGGCACCUGAUACAGACGUCUGGUUUAGCCUUCAUAAGAAAUCACAACCCGCUCCAUGUUUCCAAGAUUGUAUCUCGGAUCUGCUUCAGGAUGAUAGCGGACCACCUAUCUGCUCCUCCCUCGGAAGCCACGUUUUGAUCCACGCCCUGCUACAACGUAUCUUUUCAAUCCAACAGGCAACUCACCACGGUAGCAACAUGGCCCCUGGGCCAUUUCUCAGCCAGCGCCAAGCGUUGAAAAAGUGGCAGAUUGGAUGGGAAAUGAAUCCGGAAUCGUCGGUCAGUCCUCUGGACAAGCAUGGGCCGAUUGCCUUUAACUCAGCCGCCCUGUUCCAUCUUGCGAAUAUCCGUAUAGUUACCGAUAUUGGGGCCGCUCGUUCGCUUCUCGAACAGGAUCAUCUCCAGAUAGCCAGAAGGUUGAGGGAUCAACCGAUGCUGCCCAGGGGUUCUACUCUAGUACUCGCUGCGCGACAUGCAACCGUUGCACUAUGCUCGCCCGUCCAGAUGGGCGUCUAUUUCGUCGGCCGAGUACCAAACUGGUCCGUAAUGCAUGCCGUUUGCUCACUGGAGUACGCGCACGUCCUCAGCCAGUUCCUGCAGACUGUGACAUCGACAACCCUAGAGUAUCCGCUACAAUUGGAGGAAUUGAGCCUGUUAUCUGCAAUCAAGGAGACACUGCGCGAAGUAGAAUCUUCUACUCCAGAUGGGGAUCCGAAGUCUAUUGAUACUAUGCCGCAGCUCCUGGCGUCAAAGGCGGUUAGGGCUUGGGCGUUGAUUCUCCAGGGAUUCAGGACGUGGAAUGCGGUGGAUUUGAUUACGAGGGCGCUUUUUGUUUAUGCUGAUAUGUUGGAUCCGGAUAUACAUGAUCAAUAA